GUAUUUCUUCCACCUACAGCGUAUUAUAUUCCUAAUUUUUUGACUGAAGAAAAGGAAAAGGAUUUACUUCAGAAUAUUUAUGCUGUUAAUUCGCAACAAUGGCAUAGAUUGAGUAAUAGAAGAUUGCAGAGGUGGGGAGGAAAUCCAAAUGAUAAGUUAAUGUUUGAGGAGAAAUUACCUACUUGGUUGAGUGGACAAAAUCUUGGAUUGAAUGAUUUGCAUACUUUUCCAGGAAAUAGAUCAAUUAAUCAUGUUUUAAUUAAUGAAUAUGAGGUUAAUCAAGGUAUUAAUUCUCAUAAGGAUGGUCCAGUUUAUUUUCCAAUGGUUUUCAUUUUGAGUUUGGAAUCUACAGUAAUGCUUAAUUUUACAUUAUGUGAAAAGGAUGAGGAUUAUGUGGAACAAUGUCCAUACAUAAGAAGCUUUUCAGUAAUUGCUGAGCCUAGAUCACUACUCGUUUUCACUGAAGAUAUCUAUCAUUACUAUAUGCAUGGAAUUGAAGAAUGUGAAAAGUAUGAAAUCAAUGAUGAUAUGGUUAUUGCCAAUGCAGGUCUUUUACACAAUAAGGAGCUGGCUGAAACAGGUCACGUUAUUGAGAGAUCGAAAAGAGUUUCAUUGACCUGCAGAUGUGUCAGAAAAGUAGCCAAGAAAAAUCUAUUC